AUGAACAAAAAACACUCACAUUUAUAGGGAUGGGAAGAAUACUCCUAUUAAAAUACGUACACCAACCAGCUCAAAUUGCUGAGUGAGUCACUCAACUAUGCCAAUACAGUCCCCACGCACAUCGACUGUAAGUUGCACUAAUCGGUCUCUCCAAAAAAGAAUCGAAUUUUUUAGUGCUACGUCAGGAACUCCGUCCUUAUUGACAAUGCCUACACGGUGUCUCAGAGAUAGCAUUACUUGCAGGGGAACUUCAUAAAGAAGGCUUAAUUCGCUCCCAAGAAAUAACUUAAGCGCAACUACAUUGGGCCCAUUUUAUAAUAAAUAAAAAUCUACCAAAAAAAUAAAUAAAUUGGUAAAAACGAUUCUAUUAUCAAAUAAGUAACAAGGUGA